AUGAAAGAUUUAAUGUCAAUUUGGAGCCAGCUAGCUGGUCGACGUUAUACGUCCGUACAUGUUAACGCUAACCACCAAGUAAGCUCACAAAAUCCCGAAGAUUCUUCAGACAGUGAUCCAAGUAGUCUUCAAUCGAAAUCCGCUAUUGUAGUUAAUCAAUUUUUUAAUAACACACUACCAGUACGUUCUAAUAGCAGGCGGAGAUGGCCAAGGAGUAUCUUCACAUUGAUGAGCCUGGGUCUUCUUGGUCUUACUUUUGGCCUGCUAACAUUCGUAAUUCAGCCGUAUGAACUACUUUUUAAAUUAAAAGUUACAUUCAGCAAUAAUGGGGAAAUUUUUGAAUUGUGGAGGAAGCCACCAGUUGAUUUAUACCUCAAGGUUUAUUUAUUCAAUGUGACUAAUCAUGAUAGAUACAUGUCUGGCGUUGAUUCCAAACUCAGGUUUCAGGAAGUUGGACCUUAUGUUUACAAAGAGAAUUUAGAGCAUUCAAACAUAACAUUCAAUGACAACGGAACUGUUUCCGCAAUACCGAGGCACCCACUUACAUAUGUACCAGAAUUAAGUGGCGGAACUGAAGAUGAUAUUCUUUAUUUGCCAAAUAUCGCUCUAUUGAGUAUUGCUAACGUAAUGAGAGAUGCUUCAAUAAUUACUACUUGGCCAUUAAAUGCUCUAAUCAAGCAAACUGAUUCACGACCUCUUGUACAAAUGACAGCGCACGAAUUCAUGUUCGGUUACAAAUCUAGUCUUGUUACCCUCGGUAACACUUUUUUGCCAUCGUGGAUUAAGUUUGAAAAACUUGGAUUGAUUGAUAGGAUGUACGAUUUUGAUGGUGACUUUGAGACUGUUUACACCGGUGAGAAUGACGUAAGAAAAACAGGAUUGAUUGACAAAUACAGAGGUGAUGUUAAUCUACCUCAAUGGACAGGAAAGUGUGCGAAUGUCAAUGGUGCAAGUGACGGAGCCAAAUUUCCUAGUUACAUUGAACCAAACGAUACUCUUCUUUUCUACAGAAAAAGUCUUUGUCGAAGUGCCAAAAUGGUGAGAACGGGUGAAAAAGAUGUCAAAGGUCUCCAUACAUACAAAUACAAAUUUAUGGACAAUGAACUUGACAACGGAGCCAAAAAUACAGAUAACAAAUGUUUUUGCCGGGAAGGAAGAUGCUUACAAGAGGGCUUGAUAGAUGUCACAGACUGUUACUAUGGAUUCCCGAUCGCUUUAUCAUAUCCUCAUUUCUACGAAUCAGACCCUUCGCUUCUCGAAAAAGUAAAAGGACUCGAGCCCAAGAAGGACAAACACGAAUCAUACUUUUACAUCCAACCUAAAUCAGGACUUCCAGUAGACUUAGCUUUUCGCUUUCAAAUAAACAUGGCUUUGCAGGACAUAAGCAGUAUUUCAAACGUCGAGGGUUUUUCCGAGUUAGUGUUACCCCUCCUGUGGUUCGAAAUCGGAAUGUAUGAGCUUCCAGAGAGCAUGAAUAACCGAUUCAUCUUGUACUUGAACGUGUUACCGGUAGUUCAAGAUGUCGCUAUCUACGCGCUCUUCUUGGGAGGAAUAAUCUUCCUCGUGUGGAGCAUCGUGAAGAUAAUGUUGUACCGGCCGAGAGGGUCACCUGCAAGGCCAGGACAGUGGUUCGAAUCCGAUCUUCAACGCAAAAGACUGAACUUCUUUAACGAGAAACGGAAUUCAUUCCGCGCAAAACCUAUGGACACUUAUUACAAUUCUUUGCUUGAACCCAAAGAAGAAAUGACGCCUAUGACUGCAAUGGUUAACACGGAAUUCAAAGAAGACCUUGUAUAG